AUAGCGGUAACUUUCAAGAAUGGCCUUUCAACUGUUAGCCUUGCUGUGCUUCACCACGCUCAUCGGAAAUGGUCUGGCAGAUAUAAAUAUUUGCUCCAAUGUGGCCGACAAUCUGUUUCUGCCACACGUCAGCAAUUGUAGCCAAUACUAUUUGUGUGUUGCAAACCAGGCCAUAGUUCGCAGCUGCACUAACGGCUACUACUUCGAUGCCCGCGAUCAGCAAUGUGUGGACGUCUCCGAGGUGCGUUGCCUUCCCAAAUGCCCGUCUCAGGGUCUCAGCUCCUACUGUUACGAUCGCACUUGCACCAAGUAUGUGCUCUGCUUUGCCGGAGAGCCGGUAAUUCGUGAAUGUUGCGACGGACUGCAGUAUAAUGCGAUGACAGAUCGUUGCGACUACCCUCAGUAUGUGGACUGUGUGGAUAAUCUCUGCAUACGCCAGAACAAUGCCGCCGCCAUAACCUAUAUUGCCAGUAAAGCGCUCUGCGACAAGUACUAUAUAUGCGUCGAUGGUCUGCCAGUGAAUCAGACCUGUGCCGCUGGUCUUCAAUACAAUCCCGACUGUCAAUGCUGUGACUUCCCCUCACGCGCCAAUUGUACUGUGGAGGCACUGCAACGCAACAUUCAGCCCUAUGCCAGGGUUCCUCCCCGUUCCGCUGAUAUCCAAUGCCCGGAGGAGGGAGCUCACUUUUAUGCCCACAAGACCCGCAAGGAAGCCUACUACUAUUGUUUGAAUGGUCGUGGUGUCACUCUGGACUGCACUCCUGGUUUGGAGUACGAUGCCAAGCUGGAGGAAUGCCGCGAACCUCAAUUUGUGGGUGCCUAGGGGAUGUCGAACCAAAUAAAUUUUAAAGUUCAACGAA